GAAGGGCAUUUACGCCCACGCGUCGAAAACGAAAACCCACUAUCCCCAAUCUUUCCCGGGCAAAGCGCGGACGAACCAAAUGGGAAAGCGUCGGAUCAGCCAGGUCUCGAGCGAAGACGAGGAACCCUCACCGCCAGCAGAUGACCGGCGUCGGCGAAAGCAGCGACGUCUCCGGCAGGUCGAAUACGACGAUGACGCCGACACUAAUAAGAGCCGCUCACAGACGAACGGCAGAGGUGCUCGCGAUGGUGCAAGGGAGGAGGAGAGCGAAGCAGAGGGGGAUGAGGACGAGGAGGCUAAGGCGGAGCCGGUUGGGGAAGUUCUGAAGGUUACGGGGAAGGGGAAGAAGAAGAAGAACCAUUAUGGUUCGUUUGAGUUCGAGGGGAAUGUGUUCGAGCUGGAGGAUUCAGUAUUGUUGACUCCCGAGGAUUCGAAGCAGAAACCGUACGUCGCCAUCAUUAAGGACAUUACUGAAGAUGUUGAUGGGAAUUUUAUGGUAACUGGACAGUGGUUUUACCGGCCUGAAGAAGCUGAGAAAAAAGGUGGGGGAAACUGGCAGGCCAGAGAUACUAGAGAACUUUUUUACAGCUUCCAUCGAGAUGAUGUCCCAGCCGAAUCUGUUAUGCACAAAUGUGUUGUACAUUUUGUUCCCCUUAACAAAAAGUUGCCUAUUCGUUCUCAGCAUCCUGGGUUUAUUGUUCAGAAGGUGUAUGAUACUGUAGAAAGAAAACUUUGGAAAUUGACUGAUAAAGAUUAUGAAGAUGGAAAGCAACAUGAAAUUGACCUCCUUGUUCAAAAAACACGAGAGCGGUUAGGCGAGCUUCCAGAUCUUGAGCCUGAAGAGCCAUCUGGUGAUCAACAUGAUCAGUCGAAUCAAACAGCACAAACUACUCAGCUGACUAGCAAAUGGAAUCACAGGAGGAAACCUCUGCCUUCUAUUGAUGCGCAAAGACUUGAAGGUGCAAGCACAAGGUUUGAUAAUACAUCUAAAGCAGAGACACCUGGUAGUUGUCCUGGUGAUCUUUUAGAAUACGAUGCAAUCUUAAAAAAAUUUAAUGCCUUAACGAGAGAUUCACACCGGGAUAAGUGGUUAAAGAAGCUUUUGCAAGCAAUUCAAACAUCAUGCAAGGACUUUGCUCCACCUUCUGAUCAAACUGCAGCUGGCAACAUGGAUGGGUCUUCAAAUGCUUCUGAAAAAGUUUACUGGCCAGAUGCAGCUGUUUCUGCAAUUACUGCACUUGAGAAGGCUUCGCAUGAACUUCUUGGGGCUGAUUUCCAGAAAUACAAUCAGAAAAUGAGGCAACUGGCUUAUAAUCUCAAGAACAAGUUAGCUGAACGUUUAUUGAACGGAGAACUAGAGCCAUCUAUUGUUUUGACUAUGACACCAGAUGAGUUGAAGGAGGGUUUAACAGUUGCAGAAAGGGCAAUAAAGGAACCUGAAAAGACAAAACAAAUGCAGAUGACUGAUGCGCGUUGUUCAAGGUGCUCUAAGAAAGAAGUUGGUGUGGCAGACAUCAUCCAUGCUGGAGGACAUGGCGAUAGAUACCAGCUAGAGUGCAUUGCAUGUGGUCACACAUGGUAUGCACCUCGAGAUGCCAUUUCAUCACUGACGAUCGAUGCGCCUAAUAUCACCGGGAAUGUUGGCACCGCACCAUGGGCCACCGCUAAGUUUGAAGAAGUGGAGAAGAUGUUGGUAAGCCCACGUGAAUCUGAGAAACCUGCUUCUGAUCUUUUUCAAAAAUCAACCGCUCCUUAUAUGCCUGUGUUAGAAACCCAAAAAUCUUUCAAUAGAUCAAAACCACCCCAGGAAACUCAUGAAGCUUCAGCAAAUAUGGAACACUAGCGGCCUGUAUAGGUAUUUCUUGUAUAUUAAAUAUCUUUCUCAGCAUAGUCCAUGAAUACGCUUCCUUUAAAACUCAGAAGAUCUGUGGGGUUUUUAAUGUAGAAAAAAUCUAGUUUCAUCAAGGAUCCCCUUCAUUUUCAUGUACAUACACGGUGCAAGAACACUUUCUUUUCUAGGAACCUAACCACUUUUGAUGAUUUUAUGAUAUACAUUUUUUAAAAUUAGUACAAGUUAAUUUGCCCAAACUUCGAUCAGAGGCUUGGAACA